CGUGUCCCUGGGGCAUUUGCGAGGGCUCGGUCGCCCUCUUCUCGCGUUUUCACCGUCAAAUCACACCACUGCUUGAGUCACGAUCCCCGCAGGAGUACCUGUACAGAAUGCAGCUCGUUAGACCUCGUGACCUGUGGACGUCUUUGCUUGUUGCAAGCAGACCGCAUCGCCACGCGGUACGGCAAUGUGCGGGAAGACUACACGUACAGCGGUUGAGUAGGGCUGACUCUUACUCCCUGCCCACGUCAAAAGAGUUGCCCUAUCGGUUGCUCCAGCAAGCUGGGGGGAUCGGGGUGUCGCUUCCAGACCAGCGCCGCUUUUUUUCGCUCAGGGGAGGAGGGAGCGCAGGUGGAAGUUCAGCGAGGAAUGCCCGAGUCGUGAUCGAUGUGCAAGGGCUCAAGUGCGGAGGGUGUGUGUCGAGGGGAGAGGCGGCUUUGAAGCGGUUGCCAGGCGUGGGAGAGGCCACCAUCAAUCUAGCAACAGGCACCGCCACUGUUUCACUAUCCGAUGGACGAGGAGCCCCCGUCGCCACUCCAGCGGAUCUCGUAGCAGCCCUCGCUUCAGUAGGAUAUGCCUCCGAAGUCGUGCGGAUCAUCUCGGACCUGGAAACUUGGAACCAGCAAAGCGUAUCGAGCGAGGAAGAGAGGGAAGCCAUCACACCUGCACAGCGCCACGAGCGGGAAGCAGCGGAAUCCCGACGGCGUGUCCAACUAAGCGUCCUUCUCCUUGCAGUCUCUGCUACGACGCACCUCGGACAUCACGCUCAUCACCUGCUUCCACUGGGGCAUGCCCCGUUAUUCUCUAUGUUGCCAGCGGGGUGGUUCGAUUGGCUUCAGGCCGGGGUUGCCACCGCAGCGUUGGUUGGACCGGGAUCGAAUCUUAUCAAGUCGGGACUGGCAUCGCUGCGAAGGCUGUCACCGGACAUGAACUCCCUGGUGUCGACGGGAGUACUAGCGGUGUACCUUUCUUCACUGGUCUCGUUGCUGAAGCCAUCUCUCGGGCUAACGACGACCUUCCACGAACCGGUGAUGUUGCUUGGAGCUAUUCUUCUGGGCAGGAGCUUGGAAGCCAGGCAGCGGCUAAAAGCCGCGAGGGGGCUGCAGAGUCUCUUCGACAUCAGGCCCGACAAGGCACGAACCGUCGACGCCGACGGCAGGGUGAAGGAUAUCCCAGCGUCAAGGGUACGCGUUGGUGACACGGUAGAGGUGCUCCCAAGCGAUCGAUUUUCGGUGGACGGCGUGAUUCUCGAAGGCCAGACUGCGGCUGAUGAGUCGUCCCUGACAGGAGAGCCGAUCCCCGUUCCAAAGGGACCGGGAGACGCAGUGAGGGCGGGAACCCUGAGCACGGGUGACGGCGGUGCCGUAAGGGUUAGGGCCACGGCUACCGGAAUGCAGAGCGUGCUUGCUUCGGUAAUCGCCCUCGUCGAGGAUGCCCAGGCCCGCAAGAUCCCCGUGCAGCAGCUCGCGGACAGGAUCGCCGGGAAAUUCACGUGGGUCGUCUUCGCCGCAUCGGCAUCGACUCUCGUCUUCUGGGCUGCCUUGUCUCCGUCCCUCUUGGGCCUUGGAGCAGGGUCAGCGGCGGCGGCAUCUACGGCAACACCGUCGUAUCCGGCUCUUGCUGAGGCUCUCGCAGGGGGCUCCCCAUGGAGCCUUGGGUUGCGCCUAGCGGUAGACGUUUGCCUCGUGGCAUGCCCUUGCAGUUUGGGCUUGGCGACGCCUACGGCGAUCAUGGUGGGGACCGGCGUGGCCGCAGAACGCGGACUUCUUCUCAAAGGAGCAGACGUCUUAGAGACAGCGAGGAAGGUGACCACUGUGGUGUUCGACAAGACGGGCACGCUCACUCUCGGAAGGCCUUCCAUCACCGGUGUGGUUAGUCUGGACCCGGAAUGGGAUAAAGGGAGGAUCCUGGAGGUGGCGGCGGUGGUAGAGAGAGGCUGCCGGCAUCCCCUGGCAGAGGCCGUGGUACUGGCUGCGCGAAAGGAGACGCUCGGGGAAGCAUCUCACCCAGAAGCGGAGGAUCUUCGGACCGUGCCCGGCAUGGGUGCUAGCGCACGGGUGGAGCAAGCGCUGUCCAUGUGGGCAGUCCCAGACGGACAAAACACGGUGGUGGUGGUCGCUGUGAACGGCCGACCCGUCGGCCUGCUGUUUGCAGCGGAUUCCAUCCGUCCGGCCGCCUCCGAUGCUGUGGCUUCCCUCUCUGAGCGGGGUCUCAGCGUGAGGAUAGCGAGUGGCGACCGACGGGAGGCCGUGUGGGCGGCGGCCGCGGCGGCUGGGGUACCGCAGGAGGCGGCAAGCUGGGGGGCGACUCCAGGUGUUAUGGCUCGGGGUGAGGUGGUCAUGCUUGUCGGCGACGGCGUUAACGACUCUCCGGCUCUGGCCUCGGCGGAUGUUGGUGUCGCGCUGCGGGCCGGGACGGGGCAGGCGAUGGAAACCGCCGAUAUCGUGCUCAUGCGCGACGAUGUUUGCGGCGCGGGAGCCGCGAUCGAUGUCAGCCAGCUGACUAUGCGGAAGGUGCUGCAUAGUGAUUCUCUGUCCGAGUGGGAAUUCGGUGGUGUGCAUGUAGCGACGGAAAGUUGA